CCCCAGUGGAGUACCCUGGCCCUCCCUUAUACUAUCCGGGGUCUCGGGGUUCGUGGAUAGAGGGGAGUGUAUGUCCCCCUUGCUGCACUUUGUCUCCACCUCGGCCCCCUCCUCGUCUCGUUCCUAAGAAGCCCAGCAAAAAGACUCUAACUCUGUUUGACUCAGACGAAAAUAGAUAUGAGUUAUACUCUGUGGGGCCCCACUGGUUUCCUCUACGCCGCAGACGCCAAGGCCUCAAUGCCCUCUCAAACAACACCGGGAAGGACGGGCGCACCUCCCGCAGCUGCUGCUUAGCGGGGCCCGGCCCUGCAGGCUUCCCUGGGGGCCCCCAAGAUCAGCGUGCAGUGGAUGUCUCCAUUCAAACUGCAGCACAGCUGCGCCCAGCAGCAGCAGGAGAAAGACCUGAGGGCUUCGCUACAAGCUGGUUAGGAGACUCAAUGGGGCCCUCGGGGCCCCCUGGGGGCCCCCCAAAAGUAGGGGCCCCCUUAGCUGCGCCUGUUGUAGCUCCAGCUGGACAGCAAGCGGGAACCUCUCCUCCCGGAGUUGCUGCUGCUUCUCCUGCUGCUGCUGCUGCUGCUGAGCCUCGAGUAAAGAUUCGAUAUGUUGCUGAUGAUGGGACUGUCAGCAGCAUGCAGAAGAAUACUAUUGAAGUGUACAUUGAUGAUGUCUUAGUGCAUGAACAAACUCUGCCCCCUGAGCGAGACCUCUCUGGUGCUGAGUUUAAAGCAGUACUGUCAACGCCUACUGGGGCUCCUGUGGUGCUAAACUUUGCUCGAAAUGGAGAAGACGGCAAGCCGACAGUGUACAUCACAGAAGGGAGGGACCUCAACCCUUCCUUUGCUGCUGCUGGGGGGCCCUUAAUGUAUGGGGGGGCCCCCCUGUACACUGAGAGCUCUUUUGCCCCAGUGCCUCUACGUGGUGCGUCACUGAACGAGCUGUCUAUACCAGCAGCAUCAGCUGCAACAUUUGAUGCUGCGGCUGCAGUAGCAGCUAGCGCAGCAGCAUCAGCAGCACCAGCAGAAGAGGCUCCUGCUCAGCAGCAGAGCUCUAGCUGCUGCUUUACAUCCACCUGUUUCUCAAGGCAGGCCCAGCAGCCGUUAGAGACAGGCGCUGGCGCUGAGGGAGACAGGGAAGCGGCCCCUGUAGACGUAGUUCUGAGUGCUGCGUAUCCUUUAGCUGCAGAUAAGAAGAUUGCUGCAGGCUCUCUAAGCCCCAAAGUAGAGCCCCCUGCAGAUGCAUGCAUCAUUGGGCAGUACUUUAAGGGCUGCUGCGGUCCACAGCGCACUGCGCGCAACACUCAGACUCCACCUCAGUGGCAGCAAGUGCAGCUGCAGCAAGCAAUACCAGUUGUCCCUUCUCAGGUGUAUACGGCACCUCGCGCUGGAGUUCAGACGUGUGCUCUUCCGAUCUAG